AUGUUAGAUGAGUUUGAUGUUCAUGAUAAUUUAUGGCUGCAAAGCAUUUUUCAUUUAAGGAAAAAAUGGGUUAGGGCAUAUGUUAGGUGGAUGUGGUCAGCAGGGAUGAAGAACACACAACUUAGUGAAAGCUUAAAUGCUGAUUUGAAAGAGUACUUGAGAUUAAAUUACAAUUUGAUUCAAUUUUUCACUCACUUCGAAAGGGUGCCUAAUGAGAAGCGAUAUAAGGAAUAUGAAACUGAGUAUGCAUUGUCAUACAAGUUGCCCAGGAUAAAAGUCCAAGUUCUAAUGUUGAUUCAGGCAAGAGAUGUUUACACAAAGACUAUCUUUGAAGAAUUUCAAGAAGAAUAUGUGGGUUCACUUGAGUUAUACGUAGCAAAUUGUGUUCACAAGGAUGAUUGUUUGGUUUGUAUUGUCAAAGCAUAUCGACAAUCUACAAUGCGUGAAGUGAAGAAAGACAAAGAUGGUAAUUUGUCUUGUUCUUGUAGGUUGUUUGAGAUGAAAGGAAUAUUGUGUAGUCAUGUUAUUAAGGUUCUUAAAGAUGAAAUGAUUAUAAUGGAAAUUCCAAGCCAAUAUAUCCUGAAAAGGUGGACCAAAUUAGCAAGAGCUGAAAUUGUCCAAGAUUACAAAGGGCGCGAUAUUCAAGCUGACCCUAAGUUGGAACAGAGCAGCAGAUACAAGUCAUUGUGCUCCCUCUUUACUAUGAUUUCAUCCCAGGCAUCUGAAUUGGAAGAAACAUAUGAAGAUUGUGUUCAGGAAGGGAAAAAAUUGCUCGCAUUUGUUCAAAAUAAGUUGCGUAUACGUAUCACCAAUGGACCACUAAACUUAAAUGAUGCUAGCUCUACAAUGAGAAUGAAUGAGGGCAGUGAAAAUGUCAUUCAAGCGAAGGGACUGAAGAAAAGGAUUGACCCCAUUCGUGGAAGGCGACGGAUUAAAAGUAGCUUGGAAAAGGCAUUGGAGACUUCAAGAAAGAAAAGCAACGCGUUCAGGUUCCCAAUCUAA